UGUUGUUAUCCCGGCUUAUGUCGCGGGAACUGUAACUAUACACACAUUUUACAAUAAAGCGCUAUUGAGCCUUCUUUUCUAAUGAAUUGGCGAGUUUUGUUUCGUGCAACAUAACCCGAAUUACAUCCAACUACUGAAUGAUAAUCCUCUGGUCGAUCCUGGUCGACUAGUGAUUGUGACUGGCGAGGUAGCUAGGUGAGUUAACGUUACCCACUGAGUCUGCUAGGUGAUCGACCAACAUGAGGAACGCUGUUGAGUUUAAUGUCUGUUCAGUUAAUGUCUGACUAUUUUGUAGAACUGUUCUGCUGGAGGAGAAACAACCCUAGCUCUGAUUAACUACUCUGCGAUAUCAGAAGUCUACAUGUUUUGACCACUUCUUUAACCUAUCUCCGAUAACUUAAUGUAACCUUGACUUCAUUCACUAAUGUUACAUUUACCACCAUGUGCUGAUGUAAAGUUAUUAGUUGAUUGUUACAUAUACUGAAUGUCUCCAAAGUAAACCUGGUCUCCCAAUUAUGGUGGGCUAGUAUGUAGAAUUCAAUCACCCUUACCACUAUAACGUUACUAACGUUACUACAAACCGAUGUUGUCUACAUGAGCUUUGUCCUUCAGGAAGCAUACAGAUGGCGUCUCAUCGAAUGACCAAUGAGGAGCUUGACGAACAGUUUGAGCAGUUCUUGAAGGAGUCUUUUUCAGAUGAGUCUGGAGAUGUGGGUGGAUCUGCUAAGAGGACCAGUGUUCUGGAUAGCCUGGGGAAGACCAGUAGCCAGAGGCCAGCCAAGAAAGCUGCCAUUAGCUCCCGGCCGUGGUGGCAAGAUGAGGACUAUGAUGAUAACGCUGGAGGAACUGGGAGAGCGGUCAGCCCAGAGCCCCCUUAUAAGCCCAUCCCCAAACCACGCAACACCAAAGCUGUAAUGCAGAAACCCAAGCAGGAGGCUCCUCAAAGGGAGUCCUGGCGUUCAGACGGAGACUCCAGAUCUGGUAGUCAGGGGAGCGUCACACAAACAAGAAGCUCCCAUAGCCCACCAGGAGAUGCUUCUCCCAAUAAGUUGAGCUCUUGCGAUGAAACGCUACCGGACAGGGAAAGCGAAUCCCAAUGCAGCGAUGAAGAUGGGUCAUCCAGGAGAUCAUUCCAGAAGUCUUCCAGGAAAUCCCAGCCAAUCAGAGAGGAGGAGGAAGAAGAGUUUCUAGGUCAAAUGGCCUUCAGCGACGAGGAGCGCCAACAAGGUGUGCCCAGCAGGGUUAGACAAGAGCCUGAGGACUCAAUGCUGGCAUCGGGGCCUGACCUGACCCCAGGAGGGCCGGGCUUGGAGACCCUGGAGGAGGAGGAAGAGAAGGCCCGCUUCUUUGCACGGCUGGAGGCGGGGGCCUCGUCCACCCUGGACUACUCCCGCCUCAACAGAGACCUGGACUCCCCGAGAUCCACCCCCGCCCAGAGCCUUAGGAAACCAGAGGAGGCCGGGGAGGGAUCUGAGGAGGAUGAAAAGCCAGCCACUGAAGGGAUCUCUCAAGCGUGUGCAGACUCCCCCGACUACAGUGAUAACUUUGAAGAAGACGAGAAAGAGAAGGAGCCUGCAGAGACGAUGCCACCAAUAUCUUCCUUGGAUGCCAAAGGAUCUCUCUACGAUUCUCUUGACUCUAACGACAGAAGGGCCCCGUCCAUGCAGCUACGAGGGAAGGACCCGGCCUUCUCGUCGGACAAAGGUCAGUCCUAUGGACAGAGCUGUGGUAGUGAGAUGGAGGCUCUCCAAGAGGCCUACAGACAGAUAAGCGAUGCUCCGGGCGUCCCGGAGGAUAGGGUAGACGGCCGGCGCAGCAGACCCUCUACCUCUGCCUCCCCCCUGGAACAGUCCCGGGGAGACCUCCUCCCAGCCUCUACCAACGGGUCGGAGCUGCCCACCGCUGAAGAGCUGAUGAGGCCGAUCCGACCGGAGACAAGCGACUACAUCCGAGGCUUCCCCCUCAAGCCCAGCAGCCGCUCAGGGACGGGCCUGGACCUGAGGCCUGGCAGCGCUGAGCCGAGGCACGCGGGCGUGAAGUCGGGCCCUGUGGCAGAGCCGUGGCGAGAACGGGGGUCCUCUGGGUCCCUGUCCCCAGACACCCCUCUCCGCAGGCAGCCGCUGAGCAUCAGAGAGGAGGUGGAGCGGCUGAUGGAAGACCAGGACCGGGAACACCACCAGAGUCCCAUCCCAUCCACACAGGCCAGCAGAGCUAAGCAGAAGCCCCGUGGUGGCCCCGCCGGCCGGCCCUCUCUGUCGUCCACCAGGAAGUCAACGGUAACCUCCGCCCUGCGGGGUUCAAAGGCCAAGGAGGACGGCCACUCCGCCAUGGCCUGCAGGUUCUCAAGACCCAACAGGCCCACGGUCAAGGGGAAAGCGUCUCCGCCUCCCACCCAGAGGAAGCCAGUCGCUCGGGUGCAACACAGCCCCCCGCCAAUCAAGGGAAUCCCUGAAAACGCAGGUCUUCAGGUGAGCGGCGACCUGGUCGCGUCCGUCCAGUCCUUCGCCGCCUUCCUCCAACAGCAGGUCGGCCCCGCUGGACCGCAGGUCGCCACGGCUACCUGGGAUGUCAACGCUCGCAGAGACGUGGCCACAGGAGUCAAGGGUCUUUCAGACAGCAAUGUUGAGGAGGGCUCUAUGGUCCAGGGACUUGCCCACAAGGAAAUAGACCACCUGUCCCACAAGCAGAUAGACCAUCCUUCCCAGAAGGAGAGAGACCUGGCCCAGAGGGAGAGAGACCUGGCCCAGAGGGAGAGAGACCUGGCCCAGAAGGAGAGAGACCUUCACCUGAGACUGGAGGAGGUGGAGAUGCAGCACAGGGAAGACCUCGGUGCUGUCAAACAGGAGAACUAUGUUCUGCAGAGCAAGCUGCGCAAGGCCGAGUCCAGCCAGGGGGGCCAGCGGUGGGGCGAGGCUGCAGACCCGAUGACCAUGGACAGGCUCCAACUCCUGGAGAAGGAAGUGCAGCAGCAAGAGACCAUCAUCCAGGGGUACCACAAGGAAAACGAGAAGCUUUGCUGGGAGAUGAAGGCCCAGCAGACUAGGAGUAGAGCCACAGAAGAGGCCAUGUUUGCAGAGAACCAGAGGUUGCUGAACGAGCUACGGCUUGCAAAAGAGCAGCUGAAGAACAUGCCAGGGACGCCACUGAAUGCCUGCCCAAUGGAGCACACCCAGCGCAUCACAGAGCUCCUGACUCACAUGGAGGUUAUUCAGAAGGGCGAAGCCAAGUGGUCAGAGGAGAGCCGCAGCCUCCGGCAGCAGAAGCAGGCCCUGGAGGUGGACCUCCAGCUGAUGAAGAAGGAGAGAGACCUGCUGAAGGCCCAGGUUCUCUCAUCCUCAGGUGACCCCGGCGCUGUGCUGGGCGUGCGGGGGGACGGCCACAGAGAGGAGGUGGCCGCGCUGCAGAAGAAGCUCCACUGGUACGCUGAGAACCAGCAGCUCCUGGACCGCGAUGCCGCCCGGCUGAGGGCCGCCAGCGACGAGACCCGGCAGCUCAAGGAGCAGUUAGAAAACCUAAAGAUAGAGGUGAGGAAAAGCAGCAGUCAGCAACACACCAAGGCCAAGGAGAAGACCGGAGACGCUAAAAAGAUCCAGGCCUUGGAGCGACAGGUCAAGGUAAUGGAGGACCUCCUGCGACGGCGCCAGCCCAACUCCCUCCCCGCCCUGAUCUACGCCGCCGCCUCAGCGAGCGGCCCGGGCGGCGAAGACCCCACGACGACCGCCACGCCCACUCUGGUCACCGGCCUAUUGGAGCGCAAGGUGGAGCGUCUGGAGGCGGAGCUGGACGGUCAUAAGGAGGAGGCCAAGCGGGGCCUGCGAGCCAUGGAGCAACAGUUCCAGAGGAUCAAGCUCAGCUAUGAGCAGCAGAUCUCCGAGCUGGAGCAGAAGCUGGUCCAGAGGCAGAACCCGGAGGGGGCGGCCCCCCCGCCCUGCCCCCCCUCCGGGGGCGGCGAGCAGCAGGGUGUGACGGAGGCGCAGCGCAGCGUGGAGCUGGCCCUGCAGGAACAGAUCCAGUCACUCCAACAGCAGCUCUCCAGAAAGGCCCCGCCCCCGGAGCCAGAGCGGGCCCCGCCCCCGGAGCCAGAGCGGGCCCGGCGCAGCCCGUCCCGCCACCAGGUCCAGAGCGAGGCGGCCUUCGGGGCCCGCAUCGAGCGGCUCACGCAGGAGCUGGCGGCGAAGACCCGCUCGGUGCAGGAGCUGAGCCGCACCGUGGAGCGCCUGCAGAGGGAGAGGAAGGGCCUGCUGUCGGGCUCCUGGUCCCGAGAGGCGCGCCCGGCCAACGCCAACGCCGCCGCCAGACCCAGGGCCGCGGCGUCCGGCGAUGCCCGGGUGGGCGGGGCCGGCGUAGGCGGAGGGGGAGACGAGGCGGGAGCGGGGGAGGAGGAGGAGAGGUUCCCGGCCGCGCAGUACGAGAAGACGUACCGGCCCGACGCCUUCGCCGGCAGCCACAUCACGGAGGUGCUGGAGGAGAACCAGGCCCUGCGAGAGCAGCUGGGGAGGCUGGAGGAGCGGCCCGACGCAGGGGAGCCCCACGGAGCCCUGGCCCAUGCCCGGGAGGAGCUCUGCAGGCUGAAGGAGAGCACGGCGGAGCAGCUCUCCUCCCUGGUGGCUCAUCAGCGUCUGGAGAUGGACCAGCUCCGGGCCGGCCACGCCCAGGACCACUCCUCAUCCAGGGUGGCCCAGCUCUCCAACAGGCUCAACACCCAGGAGAUCGUGGUGCAGCAUUUGAAAGAGCAGUUGAAAGACUUUAAGGCAACCAAGGACACACUGGCCGUGUCCAAAAUACGAGAGGAAACGCUGCAAACUCAGCUAACCAGGCUGCUGGAAGAGCUGAGGCAGGCCAGAGAGGCCCACAGCCCCGAGCUGAGGCACCUCCACGGCCUGGAGGCCAAGAUUUGCAGCAUGGAGCUCAGACACACCCAGCGGGAGGACCAGCUGAAGCAGACCAGGCAGGUGGUGGAGUCAGAGCAGCACUCGGAGGUGGAGCGCUGGAAGGGUCUGGCCCAGGGGAGGAGCAGGGAGGUGGAGGCCUUCCGCCUGGAGCUGGACUCCAUCCUGGACGUCCUGCGGGAGCUGCGCAGGCAAGGGGUGGUGUUCCCCAGCCCGGAAUCCCACCUCCACACCCCCUUCACCUGGAAGAGCUGAUGACUCACACACAUACAGAGCCACACAUUUCACAAUCGCAUUCAUGGUUGUUACAGUUUCACAAAGACUUGCUCAAAAUCCUACCGAGGUCAUCCUAACCACAUUUAUCCCUAAACAGCAGUAACAGUGCCUGUGUGUGUGAUUCAUGAUUUUACAAUCAUGGAUGAGUUUUAUGAUUCACACUACUUGGAAACGUCCUUCAUCUGUGUGUGUGCCUUUGUGUCUGGAACAUUUUCUAAUAUUUCUUGACAACUUCAAUACAAAUUGAAGUAUAUAAAAUACUUUAGUAUUUAUUUUAUUUACUGAAACGCCAAUAAAAUAU